AUGGCCACCCAGUCAGCAGACGGACCCUCUACCUCCCAGUCCCAGGAGAUGGCCACCCAGUCAGCAGACGGACCCUCUACCUCCCAGUCCCAGGAGAUGGCCACCCAGUCAGCAGACAGACCAUCUACCUCCCAGUCCCAGGAGAUGGCCAGCCAGUCAGCAGACGGACCAUCUACCUCCCAGUCCCAGGAGAUGGCCAGCCAGUCAGCAGACGGACCCUCUACCUUCCAGUCCCAGGAGAUGGCCACCCAGUCAGCAGACAGACCAUCUACCUCCCAGUCCCAGGAGAUGGCCACCCAGUCAGCAGACAGACCAUCUACCUCCCAGUCCCAGGAAAUGGCCACCCAGUCAGCAGACGGACCCUCCACCAGGUCCUCCUCACACCUCUUCCCCAGCCAGCAGCAGCAGGAUGGGGAGGAUGAAGACCUGGACCAGGGAGACCCAGAGGACAAGGGCCAGAGCAGGCCAGAUCACUCCAGGGACAGAGCUCUAAACAUGGCUUCCCCUGCUGAGGCUGACUCCCUGGUGUGUGAGGGAGCAGUAGCCAGCCCUGUUCCUGAGAUGAGCAACGACAGCAGGGCCUGA